GCGGCUCAGGUGUAGCCGCGCUGCUUCCGCGCAUUCCGCGCACUUGCUCCGUUCCUAUAUAUUUCCUUUUGACCGACAAUUUACUUUUGAUGACAGUGGAAUCACUUAAAAUCUGUUGACACACAGACUUACACAACAAAUAACUACUGUUUCUUUAAAUUUAUGCAGUUCUUUCUCUAUUGAAUGGUAAAUAAGUGAUUGUCUGAGAAUCAAGUGUGCUGAUUUGUGAAUUUAUAUGUGUUACACAGGUACAUCCACCAUGGACAGUGAGGAUGGUGUGCCGGUGGACCUCUACAUCUACGACCUCACCAACGGCCUGGCCUCUCUGCUCUCACCCUCCAUACUAGGGCGGCAGGUGGAGGGCGUGUGGCACACGUCGGUGGUGGUGUUCGAGCGGGAGUACUUCUACGGCGGCGCCGGCGUCACCAGCUGCGCUCCGGGCAGCACGCAGCUGGGCGCGCCGCACCGCGUGGAGCGGCUCGGCGUCACCUUCGUGCCCUUCCCCGUGUUCAACGAGUACAUCCAGGGGCUCGCCACCACCACCUACACCGGGGAGGCCUACCGCCUGCUGGAGCACAACUGCAACCACUUCAGCGACGAGGUGGCGCAGUUCGUGUGCGGCGCGCGCAUCCCCAAGCACAUCCUCGCGCAGCCCGAGCGCGACCUGCCGCCGCCGCUGCGCCUCGCGCUGCAGGCCCUCCUGGAUAAGCUGGUGCCCGAUGGCGAUCAGGUGUACGCGAACGGCGUGCGGCACAGCCGGCGCGACAGCCCCGACUUCCUCACGCUCAACCACCAGAUCGAGGAGGCCAGAGUGGCGUCCCAAGCGCUGGACGCGCGCCGGAGCAGCCUGACGGAGAAGCUGGCGCGCAAGGAGCGGCGCAAGGAGAAGAAGAGGAAGAAGCUGCGCGAGCACGGCGGCGGCGGCGACGCGCUCGAGCCGGACGACGACAUGGCGGAAGCGGUGGAAGCGAUGCCGGAGCCGCGCGCGGCGUUGGCGGGGCCCAGCUCGCGCGACCUGGACGCCGAGGCGGACGAGCGGCGCCAGGAGGAGCAGCGGCGGCGGGAGCGGGAUCCACCCAUCGUGUACAGAGACAUCGACGGCACGCAAGAGUUCGAGGCGUUCUCGAAGGCGCUGGAGGGCGUGGAGUUGAGCGCAGAGGAGCAGCAGAGCUUGGACGAGCUGCAGCAGUACUUGGUGCAAGGCGAAGGCAGCUGGGUGCUGGGAGACGAGUUCCUCACGUUUAUCGGGCGCGUGCUGUCGGACGGCGGGCUGAAGUCGGAGUGCCGCGUGGGCGUGCUGCGCUGCCUGGCCGCCGCCGCGCUGAAGGACGACGUGUCGCUGGUGCUGCACCAGGACCGGCGCCACCACGCGCUGCUGGCCUUCGCGCACCGCAUCGACGCGCACCCGCCGAGCGAGCAGCUCGCGCUGGCGCUCUUCAUGUGCAACCUGUUCGAGAACACGUCGUCGUCGGAGUGGCUGCUGUACAUCAGCGAGUGGGAGGCCAACGGGCAGACGCUCUCCAACAUACGCGUCACCACCAAGGUGUGCGUGCACUGCGUGCUCAGCGAGGCGGGCGAGCUGCGCGACGCGGGCACGGCCUUGCUCUACAACGUGGCCACCAAGGAGCGCCUGGGGCUCGCCUCGAUGCUGCGCCGCCAGCUGCCUUCCCCGGCCAAGUGCAAGGUGUUCGACGAGGUGUGCGUGGAGCUGUGCAUGGCGGCGCUGCAGCUGGUGGCGUGGGCGCCGGGCGAGGAGGCGCUGUGGCGCGCGCUGGCCGCGCUGGCGCGCCUCGCCGCGCACUCCGCCGAGGUGCCGCAGCUCGUGGCGCUGGUGGGCCCCGACCCCUCCGCCUUCCGAGGCACGAGUCCGCGGAUCGACGAGCAGAUAGACCUCAUCAUGAGCAAAGUGAAGAGCGCCGCGCCCAGCUAAGGCCUGCCCCUACCUGUCCCCGGCUCCUCCCCGACCUGUCCCCGGCUCGUCCCCGACCUGUCCCCGGCCUGCAACACGAGGGCCACGCGGGGGCCGCCGGGGAAGUAUUGAUAAGUUUUGAUGUAAUCACUUCACUGGUGCGAU